CUGAUGGCUCUGGUAGAUUCAAAGUACCAGUUCCUGUGGAUCGAUGUGGGUGGGGUUGGCCAUCAGUCUGAUGCCCAGAUCUACAACAACAGUGAACUGAAGGAGUGCAUUGAAGCUGGCACUUUAGGCAUCCCAGAUCCAGCUCCUCUUCCCCAUGAUGAUGAAGAGCACCCUAUGCCGUACUUCUUCGUGGGAGACGAUGCCUUUGCCAUGAGGACGUACAUGAUGAAGCCCUAAGGCCGUCGUAACAUGGACCAACAGCAGAAGAUCUUCAACUACAGGCUGUCCAGGGCAAGGCGUGUGGUUGAAAAUGCCUUUGGUAUUCUGGCUCUGCGGUUCCAGUGCUUCCUUGGCCAGAUGAGACAGGAACCAGACACAGUCCGCCUGCUCAUUGAAGCUGCCGUCAUGCUGCACAACCUCAUCAGGAAGCGCUAUCAGGCAGUGGACGUCCGCAUGUUGGACCAGGAGGAUGCCCAGCACAACCUCAUCCCUGGAGCUUGGAGAACUGCCGCCAUCACUAUGAGAAAGUCCUGCGAUGCCGCCCUGCUUUUAUAGGCGGCAAGUGGCGCCGAAUGGCGGGCAAUCAGGUGGCAUUUG